UCAUUAGUCGAACCUUUGUUGACACUGUGCUGGCAUAUUUGUUGAACAUGAACUAAUAAUAUAUGGUACUGAACCUGCAACGUUUUCAAUAGCUGGUAUGAGAUAAGUACGUCAUCAAUUUGCCAGGAUAACGCCCCACCUCCUAUAUGAUAUAUGGCGUACGAAACUAUGGUCCUACGUAUAAAUAUUUGCUGUGUUUCCCCUUCUAUCGAGUGGAAAUUCUGGCUUAUACUCAAUCUACUCAGCUGAAUAUUCUUUAUACUACAACUUUCUAUAAUGAUUGCCACAUAUCCUAUUCUCCUCGCAGUUUCUGCUUUGGCAGUAACUGGAGCGCCUGUCAGUCCCAGCAACGUUGUUGUUAAUAUCUUCGAGGACUCAAGUCUACCAUCAAACUCCUUCUGUCGGCCUGACGGCGCUAAAUGCAGGUUUAACUCUAGCUGUUGCUC